CGCCGUGAUGUUCACUCGAGCUUCACUGGUUGCGUUCCUUCCGCGUACUCUGGUCCUUACGUUCGCAGUCGUGACGCAUCGCACUUUGCUCUCUUUCCGUGUACCGUUAUAGACGAAUUAUCGAACAAAAAUUGCCGCGUGCACCGUGCCGGCAUUUUCCAGAGCUCUCGAGAUAAAGCGCCGAGGUUUGGACGUACAGCAUGAUUCGUGAGGAGGAAGGAUUGGAAAAAAUAUUGAUUCGUUUGCGCGAAAACUGAGAUCAUUUUCAAAUACCAAGUUUGUAAGUCGCCAAUGCGCGCAAUUGCUGUGCUAUCAAAUCAAGUUUCUUCGUUUUCUAUAUUUCUACAAUAGGCCUGGAAUUUAAUACAGUCUUCGAGUUAGUGCGUCGGCACUCGAUAAUUAUCGAUCGAAUAAAUUUUACGAGUUCCGUCGGAAAUGUUAAUCAUUGGCACUACUACGCUCGUAAUGAAAUUGAGUGUCACUCGUAAAAGAUGCGCAGUUGAGCAUCCUGUAAACUAUGGUGCAGGGCACCUGAAAUGGACGCGCCGGAACUCGACACUGGCUAUCAACGAUCGUAACUGUAUCUUUGGAGAGAGCGUACGCGAUGGCAGCACCGUACGAUUUUUGAGGCCGCAAAAGAGCUAUGAACCUCCAGCAGAUUCAUCUGAUAGAAUUGAUAAAAUUCGCGAGAGUCAAACCAUCUCCGUGUCGGAUGAUACGCAACUAGAAGACGCAGUUCGCUUUAAACUUUUCACCGCUUGCGAGGAAGAGUUUAAAUAUUCCAUACCGAACUCGUUGCUUCACACCAUCGGGAGUAUCGCGGAUUUAAAACAGUUUUAUUCGACACCAGUGGACAGUACGACGCCAUAUGAAGCUUUCCACAGAUUAGAUUUGCCCAAGAACUUGCACAUCCAACAGGAGUAUCAUAGAUUCCAUCCGGAUACGGACACGAUGUUUGGCGGCGUAACAGCCUUCCCAAAGAGCUCUACGAUCGUAACCGGUCUCAAGUACAAAAAGAAAUAUCCCGGACAUAAGCAGGAAAAUCCAUGGUUGAGUGAAAUGAUGAAAAUCUAAAUGAAAGGUCUAUUGUUAUAGAUUACAAAAUAAUUAUCGUAAACAAAUAUUAAAAUAAACGCGUAUUAAACAA